AUGUCCGACGCGUACGAAACCAGCAACUACCCUCCUCCGGGAGACUCGACCUCAACAGGCGGGUACGGCUCUGCAAACACGUUCUCUGAUCCUGUACAGAGGGGCCGACAAGAUCUCGUGAACAAUGAGUCGGAGACCGGUCUAGUCGAUCAGUCACUCAGUGGCGGGCCGAUUGGCCAAGAAAUCGACGAUGCGAAGCAGGGACGGGACGAGGCGUCUCGAAAAGACUUCACGCACGAGGCCGAGCGAGACUUCGACCGGGGAAACGGCUCCGCGGGACUGAACCCGUACGGACAGAACCCAGAUAGCAGGGGCGAGGCGACAGAGAUGCUAGCCUCGAGGUAUGCGGAUUCGAGAGGGAAGCAUUUCGAGAGUGGUGCGGCCGGAGGAAACGACGCGGACAUUGGCGCGUAG